ACUCUCAUUCAUCUUUUGAAAAUAAUUUUACUUAAUUUUUACGGUAUAUUCAUUAUUAUGAAUUACAAUGUCUGAAGAUAGUAAAUUGUUUGCGAAGCCUAAAGUUAGAUUCAGUCAGACUAUUAACGUUAAAGAAAAUUCUAAAAAAUUGGCAGAUAAGAAGAAUAAACAUUUACCCAAAAUCAUAGAUGAUAGACUCAUCAAGACACCUGUUAAACUUAAAGGUUUACAUAAUAAAUUUGAUAAUAUAAUUGCUAUGAGUACAUGUUCUAACAAUGAUGCAGAGAAGAAAGAAUCAAUAAUUUCACACAGCGGUAUACAUACUUCACAUCAAAAAGAAGAUGAUAAUUUCUUACAAGGUCAAUCAAUUCGUAAGACAGAUAACAAAGAAUUUUCAACUAUAAAUCUAGAAGCUAAUAAUGUAGAAAAGACAUCUGUAAUUUGUGAAAGAUUUUCACAAGAAGAUGUUUCUGAUAUACCUUGUUCGACGUAUCCUGAGGUUACAAAUCAAAGCGAUCGAUGUAAAGUUCUUAAAUCUAAAAAUACUACGAAAAUAAAUAUUUCUGACCGAUCGACAAAGAUUAGCUUUGAUAAAGGAAAAGAAAAUAAAAAUUUAAGUACAAAAAGAUCAUCACAAUUAAGAAAAGACACAGCAAUCAUAAAACCUUUACAUUCCAAAAUGACAACUCAAAUAAAAAAGAAAGCAGAUUCUACCAAAGUCGAUACUCAAAAGUCAGAUGUUACAAAACAUUAUACAAGAAGUGUAAAUAAACAUGCUUUAGGUAUUGACAAACAAAUUAAAAAAACUUCUGAUAUUUCUACUAAAAAUACGCAAAAGAAUUUGAGUACAAAAUCUAGUACAAUUAAUGUUAUGCCAUGUUACAAGUAUAAUAAAAAUUUGGUUAAAAAUAAAAGUUCCCCUGUUAAAAAAUCUAUCCUACGAGAUGUCGUAGUAUCUAAUGCGAAAGCAUACAUAGAACCAAGUAUAUCAAAGCAAAAGCACAUCGAUUUCAACGUACGUCAAUUAAAUAAAAGUACGAAUGUAAGAUCAAAUGUUACUCCUAGUGAAAAAUUAUCAUAUCCGCAGUAUAAUUCGAUUAUGUGUACCAUUAAUAAGUUGGAUGAAGUUAAAAAAGAGAAAAUAGUAACAGAUAUCGAACAUUUACCUGCAACGUACAAAGAUCUAAUUAACGGAAAGAUUUCAAGUGCAUUAGAUUUUCCUGUAAAUGAAGUUAUUUAUAAAAAUUUAGUCGAUUUGUCUAUAGACGAAAAACAAUUUCCGAGUAAGAUAAUGCGUAGUAGAGACCCACAACCAAGACAAAGAGAUCUUGUACCAAAACUAUCUGAUUUUUUUAUCCCAGAAUCCGUUGAUGAAUAUUAUACUCCAAUGUUUGUGAAAUCAAGACAUUCUGACCUUACAGAAAAUUGGAAUGCUUUUCGGAUUAGCAAUAAAAUAUGCGAGUGGAAAGAUAGCAUGGAUAAUUAAUCAUGGGAAUCAAAUUUAAAAAUGCACAUAUCAAGAAUAAUCCGAUCCUUACUUUUUUUUCGGCAGAGUAAUUAUAGUAUUUAAAUAUGCGAUUAUUAUUGUAUAUGCAAUAGUAUUAUAAUUUAUAUAUUUUUUACUUUGACAUUUAGAUUAAGUAGCACCUAUUGGCUACAGAUAUUUUCCUAAAUAAAAUAUAUAUAUUUUAAUAAUUAUUAUUUUCUAAGCCAUAUACAUAA